AUGGACAAGGAGGACAUCGAUGAUGUUGGGCAUAAGUACCAUCUGGAAUUGGUGUUAGAAGACAUCCUUGACAAAGACAGUACUGUUAACUGCACUGCUGAGGUUCUUUAUCAUCUGCCCAACAAGAACCUUCCUCCAGAUGUGCAAUUCACAAUUGAAGGAGAACUUAAGAACACAGAUGAAGCAGAUAGCAUGUUCUACAAUCGAAUCAAGAGCCUGGAAAAAGAGCUUGUGGCAGAAGACAUACCAGACAGCCACGGCAACGUGGCCCCAGAAAUGGAGCCCGUCCGCCUGCUAGCGUGGGUCGCCUCUGGCUAUGUGAUAUGGCAGAACUCAACUGAAAACACCAAGUUCCAACUUGCCCAAAUUAAACAUGUGAAGCAAGUGAAAAGAAGUGAUGAAUAUCUUGAAUUUGACUACAGGAUUCUACUUCACGAAAUGGUGUCCCAGGAGAUCAUUCCCUGGCAAAUGACAGUUCUCUGGCACCCACACCAUGGUGUUCAAGUAACACAGGACAGCCGUCAGCCAAAACAUGCCUCGGAAUAA